CCGCAAAGACCGUUGUUCUUUCCCUCUCUCUCACUUCUCUCUCCAUACUUCCAUUCCCCUGAUCUUCUUCUUCACCAAACCCUAACCCUAACCCUAAUUUCAAGUUUCCUGAUUGACCUCCCUCUUCCAUCACCGUGUCCAUCGGAUUCCUUUUACCCUUUCCUAACUCGGUCUUUCAUUUCUUUGCGUUUAAUUUCUUAUAUGAUCUCCACUGCGAUGGAUCCGUAUAACUUUGUAUCUUAUGUCACGGAUCUGUUCGAUUGAUCUGCAGAUGUUGUUUUUGUGCAAUUUAAUUGUGUUCUGUGUUCAAAUCGGGGAGUUUUGAGAUCUGGGUCGGAGGAAAUUGAGUGCGAUUCGAUCGGGGUAACGAUGUCAAACUUAUAUGGGGAUUUCAACCAAAAGAUUGAUUAUGUAUUUAAAGUUGUGUUGAUUGGUGAUUCGGCGGUGGGGAAAUCCCAGCUCUUGGCGCGUUUUGCGAGGAACGAAUUCAACGUGGAUUCAAAGGCCACCAUAGGGGUCGAGUUCCAGACGAAAACACUUUCUAUUGAUAACAAGACGGUUAAAGCACAGAUUUGGGACACUGCUGGCCAAGAAAGAUAUAGGGCUGUGACAAGUGCAUACUACCGAGGAGCGGUAGGAGCAAUGUUAGUUUAUGACCUGACCAAGCGUCAAUCAUUUGACCACAUGGCAAGGUGGCUGGAGGAACUUAGAGGGCAUGCUGAUAAGAACAUCGUUAUCAUGCUCAUUGGUAACAAGUCUGACUUGGGAAGUCUGAGAGCAGUUCCAACCGAAGAUGCCCAAGAGUUUGCCCAAAGAGAGAACCUUUUCUUUAUGGAGACAUCAGCUCUAGAGGCCACCAAUGUUGAAACUGCAUUUUUUAAGGUUCUAACAGAGAUAUACCGGAUAAUCAGCAAGAAAACCCUUACUGCAAAUGAUGAGGGUGAUCCCAGUGGGAGUUCAGGACUCCUUACGGGAACCAGUAUCAUUGUUCCCCAGGAACAAGAUUCUGCAAGUAAACGUGGCUGCUGUUCUUGAUUUUUACCUACUAGCCCUCCCACCAUUCCCCAUUUCUAUCUUUAAUAUUUGUCGAUUUAGUGUUCAAUAUUUUCCUCUCCAAGAAACCAUACAUUUUGUAGAAAAAAUGGUUGUUAAUGUUGUUGGAUGAAAGAAUGCGACAUUGAUCUAUUAAACUUCUUGUCAUUUG